AUGACUAUUGCUGGUAAAAGAGUCUUGUUUGUUGGUGGAUCCUUUGGUGGAUUAGCCUCUAUGAAAUAUUUCAUCAAGCAAUUUUUAGAAACAAAAGCUACUACUAAUAUAGAACUUUUCUUAUUAGAACCAAGAGCUGGAUUCAUUAAUGUUUUAGGUAUCCCAUUAGCUAUUGUUAGUCCAAAAUUCGCAGCUGAAUCUUACUUAAACGUUGAAGGUUUCAAUUUCAAAUUCUCAAAAGUGGAAUCAAAUGAUGCUAUAUUGACUGAAAAAAUCUUGAAUGCAAAACCAAAUCAAGAGUUCCCUGAUAAUCUAAAGCUAACUUAUAUCCAAGGUAAAUGUGUUUCAUUCAUUGAUAAUCACAACAUCAAUUAUCAACUAACUGAUGGUGAAGAUAUCAGACAGUUAUCAUUUGAUUAUUGUGUUUUUUCAACUGGAAGAAAAAGAGCAUGGCCUUUUGAUCCUUUAGGUUACACUCAGGAACAAUUUGUUAAAGAAAUGGGCGAUACUCAAGAAAAAAUUGAAAAAGCCAAAACUAUCUCAGUUAUUGGUGCAGGUGCCCUUGGUAUUGAAAUUGCAGGUGAGCUUAAAGAAGAAUAUCCUGACAAAAAAAUUAUCUUGAUUCAUCCACAUCCUUUUAUACCUCCUGAAACUUAUGCUGCAAAGACUUUUAAAGAGGGUACAGAGAAACAAGUUAGAAAUUUGGGGAUUGAUUUACAAUUAAAUACAAGAAUUGCCAAAGAAGAAGAUAAUGGUGAUUUGUUAACUACAAAAGGUGAUAUGAUUAAAUCGGAAUUGAACUUCUGGUGUAAUUUCCACACAAACAAUAUUCAACCACUAUUACCAUAUUUCCAAGACUCGGUUGUGGAUAAAAAAGGUGAAGUUAUUGUGGACGAAAAAAUGUUAAUCAAAGGCUCUACUAAUGUCUUUGCAAUCGGUGAUAUUAUCAAUUUACCAAUCAUCAAGACUGCAGGUGGUGCUUACCGUCAAGGUGAAGUCGCAUCGGGUACUAUAUUCAACAUCUUGGUUAAAGGUGAAGAAAAAUAUGAACAGAUUGAUUUAAAGACAUGGCCACACGCAAUGACUGUUGUUGUUGGAAGAGGUAAAUCCAUUACACAGUAUAAUGCUGAUGGAGAUGGAGAAGUUCAACUUGAUAACCAAGAGGUUUUAGAUUUCUAUCAAGAUUAUUGUAACACCAGAACAAGGACUCUAAUGAAUCUUGAUUAA